UAACAGUCGCAAGCCGGCGUGUUCGUGAACUGUACACACCAACCAUACAGCUUUCUGCUGCGUCACCGACCCUUGCGCCAGCGACCGCGACACACAAGCGCGACACCACCGCGACACCGCUAUCUGCUCUCGCAAACUGUCCACGCACUCGACAUUUGCAGUCGCCAGCGGUGUGUUGCCUGGAUCUCCAUUUUUGACAUCGCCUCCACAACAGCUGUUCUCCCAGACCCGCCAACAUGGCUCCCCCACAAGUGAAGCUCAACGAGAAGCCAGAACCUCAAGUCGUCGUCGACUCGCAGGGCGAAUUCACCGAGCCUGAAAAGCAGCCCCUGGCCUUCACAAUAGCUGCCCUCCAAAGUCGUUUCAACGACCUUGCCGACGAUCCUUUGGAUGAGAAGAAGAAGGAGGCAUUCCCCUCCGAUGUGACCGUUGAGACCAGCCGCAGUAACGGACCCUUACCUGUGCCUGCCGCCAACGGCGCAGACGCAGACGGACGUCACGUGGCCUGCUGCGUUACCUUGAGCAUCCUUAUGCUGGCCCUGCUGGCUGCCGGCACCAUCUGCCUGGUGUACAGGUUCAAAUUCAGGAAGGGCUGGAGCACCUUCUGCAGUGCCAAGGACAGUCGCAUUCCCGAGCACGUGAAGGUGGAUCACGCCAACCAGCUCAUCACAGUUCAGCCCCAGGAAGACGGCAGCGACGUGAUGAGGAUCAUCCACGACUACAACCGUCGCUUGAUUGCUUUCCUGAAUGCUACGGAGCAGACGUGCUACAUCGAUCGUCUGGAGGAAACUUUCUCUGAGGGAUACGCACGCUGGCAGGAAUAUGAGGACAAAGAGCACGAGCCACAUCGCACACUGCGCGUGGUGCAGCCCCCGAUGGAGGUGGAUGUGCUGCAGUACUUCGGCGGCGAGUACAUCGAGGGACACUGCAUCAAGGACGGCCAAGCCACUUCUUUCUACUGGGUCGUUGAAGUGCAAGAAACAGAGGUGGUCCAAGGGACCCGCUACAUCAAGGUGUAAGGAACCUUCGUCGCAAAACCCUCGCCGUUCUCGUUGUGUUAUUAACUUUUCACGUUACAAACUAUAACAUUCCUUUUAAACCCUUCAACCACGGAUCAAAAGAUUUUCAAAUGACUUUUCAAAUGUUAAACAGCCGCUGUAGCGGACUGUAGCCCCCCUUCCCUUUUGAAGUGUAAGCAGUUACCUUUCACAUAUCAGAUAAACUAUGCACUUUUAAUGACCCUGUCGAUGUACAGUUGUUUAAAAAUAUCUUUGACACACAAUCUAAAUGUGGCAGUGUAGUGAAGGCUGUUUUUUUCUAAUAAACAGUGGCCACACAUUCAUUUCUUGAUACUGAAACACAAGUUUAAUGUCACUGACUGUUGUGCACAUGUUUCUUUCUAAAGUUAUGUUUUAAGUUUUUAUUUUUACACCCAACUCUAUUUUUCCUUGCAAAAUGUGACCAACCUUUCUCUAGGAUCACGUCAUUUUCUUCAGAUCUUAGGAUACAAUACGAAUUGUUCAACUUUUCUGAAAUAACCAGACAGGACAGCUCAAGCGAACGUUUAUAUCUUAAAAUUCUUUGUUUUGCUUUGUUCCCUAUAAGUGGGAGAUAACAUUUUUUAUAGGAAGGUUCAAAUGCACAUAAUAACAGUAAAAAAAAGAGAUAUCUCUUGUAAAUAACACUGCGUGUACACACCCACCUCCCGAAAGGGGAUGCCAUUAAUGGAACUACAUGCAUUGCCUAGCAAUACUUUUAACAUUGGUUUUCUUUAAUGUACAAAAACCUUUUCACCAUUACCACCCCACUCCUACCCAAUUUUCUUGCACUGAUUACCCUAUACAGUAGUUUGAACAACGUUUUAUAUAUACAUGUCUAUAUCAUUCCCAAUUCUAAGUUGCUGUUUUUUAAAUUUCAAAACCGAUUUUGCCUGAAGCAAGGGAGACUACCUAUUCCAACCACUCAAAUUCUAUUCUGGGAGUGAUACUCUGAAAUCUUUUAAUCAAAAUAAUACAAGAAAAGCUCAGUUUUAGUUAGAGCAAAAUUGUUGCAGGAAAGAUAUUUUACAAUAAAUUUUUUUCUAAAAUCA